AUGGGCUUCAAGUUCUCACCAGCGGCCGACAUCCCGUCCGAGAUUUGGAUGCGCAUCUUGGACUGGGCAACCACCCACGACGAUGGAUCGACAGCACUAUCAGUGUCACAGGUAUCGAAAGCCUUCUACGCGCUCGUUCAGCCGUAUCGGUUUCGAACUGUCAAGAUCGUAGGGUGGCGUAGCCUCCGUGCUUUUGAGGGGGAGUUCCAUUCAGACAGGGUGGCACCGGGAGGAAGGGCCAUUGAGAACCUCUACAUUAAGAUUCCUCCCAUCCAUCGGGACGUUUAUGUGCCUAUAGUAAGCGCGGAAGAUGGCGAUGAUGACGACCUCACGUAUGUGGACGAAGAAACGACAGACGACGGGGAGGGUGAUACGGAUGAAGACGGUGAACCGGAUGAUCUUGCGUCGGAUGAAGCGGACGGCGAUGGUAGCUCUGUAUCGAGCACCGACUCUGACUACGAGUACCGUCUUGUGGAUGAAUCGGAGUGGGACAACGGUUCAGAGCCCAUCGAUCAAGCCAGCCUCGACGCAUACCUUGCCAGCGCUCCAAGGCACGGUGACGGGUCAUUCGAGGACCUCGCGCGGGUCCCCACGCGCAUCGCGCAGGCCGAGCUCCAAGUCUACACCGCCAUCCGCCGCAUCCUCGUAUCCUCGUCCCACUCCCUCAGGUUCAUCCUCAUGAGCCUUGCCACCGAUAACUACAUCUCCCUCACCGCCCUCUUUCCCGUCCUUCCGAAAUUGGAGAUUUUCUUGUUCAGCAGGUUUACCUUGGGGAAGUUCAGGUCUUUUAAGCCUGUCAUUGAUAAGGACCAGGGCGUGAAACCCAGUCCUUUCCCCCGGCUGCGCAGGGGGUUGCGGUUUGAUCAGUUUGAUGUUGAUCGUUAUCCAGAUGAAGCUUCGACGUUGGAUUUGGAGUCGAGCUUUUAUGAAAGCAGCUCGGCAUGGGAGGAUGGGAUCCAUGGUCGACUGUAG